AUGGAUAAGACAUAUAAAUUCCAGAAAGGGACGGUAAUUGACUGUGCAAUAAAGAGAGCGAAUCCUCCAGAAGUAAAAUACACCUGGUAUUCAUGUUACACUCCCAUCUGUAGCGAGAAAAGUUGGAAAUUCAUCAAAAAAGCACCUACGUUACAACUUGAUAAUCAAUUAAAACCUGAUAUGAAGUAUAAGUGCAAAGCCAAGAACGCUGCUGGCAGUGCAUCUAAAAUCAUUGUUGUGUUUAAACCCGUAGAAAAUGCCAGUGAUAGUAAGUGUACCCAAAUCUCACAAUUUGUAAUUAUAGAUUGAAUUAUACAUACCGUCGUCAGAAUAUAUAUGAAGCAACAGGCAGAUUACGAAUUGUAUAUUUAUGACUAGAAACACGUGAUCGCAACAACCCCUCGCCUAUAUUUUGCUGAGCGCCGUUCCGGGCGUAAGCCCGGGGCGAGGGUGCUAGUUCCGCCUGGAUAUUUAUCCCCGGGGAAAGGAAAGCAUUACCGAAGCCCAAAGUUCAUCAUUAAUCGCGGGCGUGUGUUACCGUGCGUGGGUGGUCAUCCUCACUGAUCUCCAAAUAUAGCGCGGACUGUCAUAAAUAGUGAACACUGAUAGGUUCAAUUUAAAAUGUGCAUUAUAACGACCGCAUGACGACAGCGAAAUAGCAAACAUUUCUUGGUUUGAUGACGUCUUGCAAAUGUGUUUCAUUUUUGCAAGAUUUUGCACAUUUCAAAAGCUUUUGGAGAAAAAAAGGCAAAAGAAUUGCUAAAAGAAGGGAGCAAAGGCACCGACGUUAACGAAGGUAAGUUUGUUUUAAAUAUUGAAUCAGAUGCAUUAUUUGCUUUAUAAUUGCUUUACAAGCUGAUUGUCGCGUAUAUUUGAAAUGAAAAAAGACAGCAUAUGAUUUCAAUGUAUCUUUAUUGAUUACCCUUUUUUAUUAUAUAAAAAAAAAAUUAGCAAAGGUAUUUGCAUUCACGAAAGGCAGUUUAGUUUAUCGAUAAAGGCAGUUUAGUUUUGUAAAGAACAUUCUAAAACGUUUUGCGAAGCGUUUGUGGUUGAAUUUUACUAUAAAAUUGAAGCUUAUAUUACGUAUAAUAACAUACCUAACAUACAUAUGUUGGAAAAUUGAUAAUUUUGAAAUUGAUAGAAUUUUUAGGGGAUUUUCACUUGUAAAACUAUUCUAAAUAUAAUUAUCGUGUCACCAUGACAACUAUUUUAAAUACUUUAUGUCCGGAAAAUACAAUGGUUUUGUCUGCAAGGCGAGGGUUUCUCCAUGAAUGUAUUUUCUAGUAUUAAUCUGAAGUUAGCGUUCCAUGCCGUUAGGUUCAUUUCGCUACCACCAACCUACCAUGAAGCAUAAGGGUGCGCCUGCAAUGAGUGGGAGUACUUUUCAAUGCACGUGUUUUUUUUACCUUGAUAAAAAAGCGGAUGGGAAUUAUCACACUAGCCUCAGGCUUCUCGCCCUACUCGCGUGGUUUGGUUAUUAACACAUAAAUCAUUCAUUACUAUUGUCAAAGAUCGUUCUCCAAUUACCUCCAUCUAAAUAACCAUGCCAAAAAUAAAUGCAUGGUUAGCCAACACUAAACGAUGAUUAGCGUUUUCAUAGUGUUUCCAUAGAAAAUGUUUCCAUAGCAACAAGUAUCAUUUUCUAAAAUAUAUUUUUUGUACAAAAUGGAAAAAAUAUUACUGUUGACCGUAGCUUUUUGUUUUAAUGUGUAUUUUUGAGUUUCUUCCAGUAAAAUAAAACUUUUCUAAUUAUCUAUAUGUUGUCAGCAUAUGUAUACUAUCUACGCAUCCUCAGUUAAGAUGACUGUUGACAAGAUUAGGUUUCAAGUGUUUGCCGCAAUUCCGCAGUGUUUGCCCCAUACCAAAAACAAAUUUAAUUGCGACACAGCAUGUGGUGUAGCAACUAAGCGAAGAUUUAUUAAGAAUAGUAAAUUUGUUUCCAAAAAGGUGCUCCCACUUUAUCUGACCAGAUACGGACGCUGAUCUCGAUUGUCGUUCCAACUGGAUUGACGUCCAUGAUAAUUGUGGUUGUGGCAGGUUUUGUGUUGUACAGAAGAAAGAAAAUUUACGGCGGGUUUUACCUGUUUUCAUAUCCUCCUUUACCUGACUAUAUGGAGAUCUUAGAUAGAAAUGGAAAUAUUCAAGAACAGCUUCAGAAACUGCCGUUUAUACCAGAAUGGGAAUUUCCAAGAGAAAGAAUUAGCUUUGGUAUGUAAUUUCUUUUUGUACAAUAAUGGACGAAGAGAAAGCAUCCACGUGGGUGUAAUUCGCAUUAAAAUAUAUUUAAAAUGAGGCAAUAUUUUUAAUUAUGCAAAAUUAAACAUAAACUAUACGCUCUGUAAUUUAACAUAAACUGUUAAUAUCCUUAUAAUCUGACAUUUCUAGAAAAAAGCAAAUCAUUUUCAUAUAACCAGUAGUAGUUUUGAGCGCUUCAAGCUUACCUUGUAUAUAAGCAGCGUUUGCCAUUGAUAUUGAUCAACGAAACAAUAACGAAUAGGUGAUUUGAAUGGUGAUUUUUUUCACUGAUGCACAAGUAUUUUUUUUACUCCUAUACGAACUAUAAAAAAUGGCAAUAUAAAACCAUAGACAAUCAAAGGAAGUUAUUAUUGUUCCUUUGAUUGUCUAUGAUAUAACUGAAAGCAGUGUUCUUUCUAUAAUAAGGUUGACGUUUUUCCUUUCUCCCAACAGUUUAGUCUCAGCACAUUGCCUGUAGUUAGUCACAACGAAAGUCAUUUUCGAAAUAGGUUACAAAAUAAUUUAAAUUAUUUUUCAGCCCGGGAACUUGGCUCUGGACAAUUUGGAAUUGUUUGGUUAGCAGAAGCAAUUGGUAUAUCUGCAUUUCAUCCAAGAGACAUGUUGAGAGAAAGAGAGGGUGGACGACGGUUUUCAUUCUUCAAUCGCACAAUGAAAAGAAACAGCUAUGUCUUUUGUAAAGAAGUAACCCAAGUUGCAGUUAAAGCAAUGAAAGGUUGGAUUUUAAAUUUAGUACAGUACCUGCAUGUAUUAUGA